CUAUUUUAUUUAGCGAAAAUAAUUUACAUAAAUUAAAUAAUAAAAUAAAAAACUUUAAAUUUUUACGAGAUGAUCUUCAAGGUUCUGACAUUUACAGAAAAUUAAAUGAAAAAUUAUUACGGUAUCGUCUGCUUGACAAUCGUGACAGCAGACGGCAUAGCACGUUGAUAGAUCAGGGAGCGUCCAGAUCGGCGUACGUGCUCCGAAACAGGACAUGAAUCACUGUGCAAUUGACGGUCAGUGAUUGAAAUACUCUCUGGUAGUGUGUACUGUCUACUAUGUAUGAUCCAUGAUGCCAUGAGGGCAAUUUGUUGAUCUCAUUACCGGUGAGCACCCAACACCGGUGUACGUACGCAUCUUGGUUGUCAGUUAAUAUCACCGGUCAUCAGAAUAGCAGAAAAAAUGUGGCUCUGCUGAAACAGAAACCUUGGCGCAAAUUGCGCAAAUCAUUGGAGAUUAAUUUCAACCCUAUCACCAGAAAGUAAGGUGUUGAUAGUAGAAAUUCGUCAAAACGUAUUAAUUUAUCGUCCGGCUGUUUUGUAGUUUUAUUGUUAAUUUUUAUUUUAUUUAAAAAGAGUCAAGUGCGGGCACUCUCUCUUUCUCUCUCUUUUUCUUCUUAAACUGAACCAAACUACCUCGGUAUUGUUUUAGACGCUAGUAAUUAUUUUAUAUGAGAGUAGACAAAUGACGUAAGGGCUAAUAAGAAAAAAAAAAUAAUUGAAAUUAAGAAGUGAGUAUUUAAAUUUAAAAGAACGCGCGUUUCGCGGGCUUUCGAAAAGUAUUAAUUUAAAAUAAAGAGAACAAGUUUAAUUAAUUAAGUCGUGAUGUAUUAUAAAUUAAAAAACAAUUUAAAAUUAUCAACAAUGAUAGUAAGCAGUUCUUUGUUUCUGCAAAUGAUUGUAAUAACAGCAGCAAGUAAGGCGGUACAAAAUACCGAACCACCACCAUGUUCGAGUAACAUUUACUGCCAUGGAGAUUUAUUGCACCAAGUGCAAAUGUCUCGGAUAUUUCCUGAUUCAAAGACAUUUGUCGAUAUGAAGAUGAAGAAAAGUCCGUCAGAAACAUUGAAAAAAUUUGAAACGAUGAUGAAUGACGUCACCGAGCACCCACCCUCGCCUGAAGAAAUAAGACGUUUUGUUGAAGAUAAUUUUGACGAAGCGGGAUCUGAAUUUGAAGAUUGGAACCCCAUCGACUGGCGAAAAGAACCGAAAUUUUUGAAAGGAAUAAAAGACCCGAAUUUGCGUAAAUUUGCGUCCGAUCUAAAUGACAUUUGGAAGUCCUUGGGUAGAAAAAUGAAGGACGACGUUCGUAUUAAUCAGGAUCUCUAUUCAAUACUCUAUGUACCUCAUCCAGUUAUCGUACCCGGGGGGAGAUUCCGUGAAUUUUACUACUGGGAUUCGUACUGGAUAAUUAAAGGCCUCCUGCUGUCAGAGAUGCACGUGACAGUGCGCGGUAUGUUGACCAACUUUGUGUCCAUAGUGAAAGAGUACGGUUUCAUUCCCAACGGCGGGCGAAUUUACUACACGAUGAGAUCCCAGCCCCCGAUGUUGACACCAAUGGUCAAAGUUUAUCUCGACGAGACCAAUGAUGUUGACUGGCUCAAAGAAAAUCUUUGGCUGCUUGAAAAGGAAUUUGACUUUUGGAUGACCAAUCGCACCGUCGAGGUAGAGAAAAAUGGACACAACUACACGUUAGCUAGAUACUAUGAGAGUUCAAGCGGACCUAGACCUGAAUCUUACCGGGAAGAUUAUAUGGCAGCGGAAAAUCUUCACAAUGAAGACAAAAAUGAUUAUUACAAAGAGCUAAAGAGCGCAGCUGAAUCAGGCUGGGAUUUUUCUAGCCGUUGGUUUAUACUAGAUGGAACAAACAAAGGCAACUUGAGUAAUUUAAAAACAAGAUACAUAAUCCCAGUUGAUCUCAAUGCUCUAAUAUUUCGCAAUGCCAUUUUAUUGGCCGAGUUUAACGAGAUGAUGGGUAACUUGGACAAAGCUUCGGAGUACCGUAAAAUAGCUGAGGAGUGGAAGGCAGCAGUCGACGCGGUGCUGUGGGACGAGGAAGUAGGAGCUUGGCUGGACUAUGAUAUCCUCAAUGGUUUAAAACGGGACUACUUUUAUCCCACUAACGUCCUCCCGCUCUGGACAGAGUGCUACGAUAUCACAAAACGUGAAAUUUAUGUCGACAAAGUGCUCAAGUAUCUCGAUAAAAGUCAGAUAAUGUUAAAUCUCGGCGGCAUACCUGCGACAUUCGAGCACUCUGGUGAACAAUGGGAUUAUCCCAAUGCCUGGCCACCGCUACAAUAUUUUGUGAUUAUGGCUCUGGAUAAUUCCGGUGAUCUGCAUGCUCAGAGACUGGCUUAUGAGCUGAGUGAGAUAUGGGUGCGGAGUAACUACAAGGCAUUUAAAGCCAACAACAGUAUGUUUGAAAAGUACGACGCAACUGUCUCGGGAAGCGGAGGUGGCGGAGGAGAAUAUACCGUCCAAUUAGGAUUCGGUUGGUCGAAUGGACUUAUUUUAGAUUUAUUAAACAAAUAUCAGAAUCGUCUCUCCGCUGACAGCCACUUCAUACCAACCCUGACGAUUGAUACCAAUGAAUUAGCUUUUGAAAAUUUAAUACCGAAUACCGUAGGCGGGGUAUCAACUGCUGGACAAGUAAUGACUGGCCUACUUGCGCUCAUCAUAUCCAUCGCCGCAGGAUUUAUUGGAUUAUUAAUGUACAAGCGACGUAAUGAUUACACUCAAAGUACUCCAAUUUCAAACGGAAAACGUAAAAGUAUGAGUGACAACAACAUAAGAAAUCAUAUUGCGUACACGGAAUUAAAAUGUAUGAGCCACGAUUGACUAUUCAGGUAAUAAGUGAUUAGUAAUUAUUAAUUAUUAAGGAUAUUCUGACAGUGCCCACACUUUUUAAAAAUAUCCGAUGACUCAACUGUCAUUCGCGUAUCAAAAUUUUAUCAAUUUAAAAAAAUUAAGCAUUCAUUGAAGAAAGGACAAUUUCCCUGAUGUAUAGAAUUUAAAAAAUGACAGCUAUCAGCCUACAAAAUUUGAAAAUUCUAAUUUUCAAAUUGACAUGGAGAUUUUACGGAAGUUUCGUUUAGCUCACAAUUGAUGACUGCAAGUACAUUUUUUUUAUAUGUAUGUCAGAGAAAUUGCAACUUUGUCUUUUUUUCAAUUAAUGAUUUGAUUUUUUUUUAAUUAAUUGAUUAAAUUUUGAGACGCUUAUGACAGUUGUCAUUGAAAAUUUUCAAAAACUGCGGGGUACUGUCCCAAAAUGGCCUUAACUAUUAAUUAAUUGUUGAUAAUGAGAAUACUAGGUAUAAAUAAAAUUAAAAAAAUAGCCUAUGCGUCAAUUAUAAAAACCAAGUUGAGAUUAACGUAACUACUGCUCACUUGGAGUAAAUAAACAGAUUGUAUUAUUAACCCUUAAGAGAAGUGUUAGAAAAAUUAUAUAAAAUCCACACGCGGGUAAUUUGUACCCGGCAAUACUUUAAAUCUUAUCUGCUCUUAAAAUUGAUAGAUUUCAAUUAAUGACUUCUAGUCGUUAGAAAAUUUUCGUUCCUUAAGGGUUGAAUAUCACUUGUAAGUUACAAGUUGUAAUGUAUUUUUAUAUAUAAAUUAAGCUGCGAAUGUUAAUUGCAAAUGGUAUUUUAAUGAAUGGUUAAAAUAGUUUUUAAAAAACUGAGCACUGCAGUUAAUUUUAAUUAACAGAUAAUCAAUGCAAAUAGUUAAUUGUCAAUGGGUGGUAUGGACUACUGAUUUUUUUUAUUGAUCAUCAAUCAAGUAAGUCAACAUAUCACUCAAACGCCAUAUUCAUUAUUUGUUUUAUUAUUAUUAUUAUAUUUUUUAUUAGCUGGAAUAGACAUUUGUGAGAAUUUAAAUAUCAAAUAAUAUCGAUUGUAUCAAAUAAUUUUUAAGAAUGAAGGUGUAAAAAAAACUUUGUGAUACUCGCGAUUAAUGUAAAUAGAUAUUUUGAAUUUUGAAUGCUGAUAAUAUAUAACGAUACGUAAUAGCAAAUACUCCCUACCAUAUAUAUGUAUAUAUAUAUAUGUAGUGCAUUGAAUACUGUCGACUACUCAUCAUAAAUCUGAUCCAUGAGACGCAGGAUAAAUUUUUUUGUAAUCUCAAUCUCUCCACAACCGUGUUACAUUUUAAUCUCUCCGUUAUAAGCCUCGGUAUAAAAUUUAUCAUUACAAUUAUGUACAGUAAAUUAAAUUUUUUUUAAUGAUUGAAUUUUUCUCCGUGAAAAUGAUAGUAAAUUUCCACAAGUAAUUUUUCUAUUUUUCCCUACUCUGACUUUUUAAUUUUGACAAUUUUAUCGGAGGCUUAUAACGGGCUGUUAAUACGAAGUUCAAAAGAAUGAUCGAGUGGGGGAAGUUGAUCUGGACUCAGUAACUGCCGAUUGGGGGGAAGAGGCUUAUAAAGGGCAGGCUUAUAGGGUAGUCGAUUAGAUUAUUAAAUUAAAUCAUCGUAGGAAAUUUAAAAUCCGACAAUCGUUCAUAUAAAUGCCAUGUACCAUUACGCAAUAUAAAUAAACAUAUAUUUAGUUAAUUAAUUGUUAGAUAUUAAGUAUUUCUAAUUAAAAUAAAUAAAGAAUGGGUUCAUGGCUUUUGAAGUAUUGUCGUAGAGUUAAAUCAAUUUUUAUGUGUGCGAAUUGUUCGAACUUCCGGAUUAUUCGUAUCGAAUCGAAUAAUUCGAACUUACGAACACGAUCCACACAC